GUGUUCCUGCUGCCGAACGAGAUGAAAUACAGAGAAAGACAUUGGAGAAGGGAGAAUCUUUCACUUUCGAUCCUUGUGAUAUAAAAAACAAAGACAAUGUGAUGGUGUGGUAUUUUAAUGAGACUCUCAUCGCUGAAAUCACUGGAGAUCAGAGUAAGAUCUGUACAGUUGAUGAGUGUAAAGAGAGAUUCAGAGACAGACUGAAGCUGGAUCAUCAGACUGGAUCUCUGACCAUCACAAACACCAGAACCACAGACUCUGGAGAUUAUAAACUACUGAUCAGCAGCAGAAGCUUUAUCAUCCACCGGCACCACAGCAUCAGUAUUAUCAGCGAAAAGAACUUCAGUGUUAAUGAUCGGAGUGUGCUUUCAUAUGUCAUCAUAGGAAUAUGUGUGGCUGUUCUGCUAGUGCUUGCAGGUUUAAUUGGUAGAAUAUGUAUUGAUGUUCGGAUGGAGGGACUCACGCUGCAUCCAAAGGGAGCUGCGGCUCUGCUGCACCGGAAGGGAGAGUCCCCCAUUGCAGCUGGAUAUGAGGCACAGUUUGAUGCCUUGGAGGGCUCUCACAGCAUCCGAAGGGAGCCUGCGACUCUGCUGCACCGGGAGUGUGAGCCCCGUCUGCUGCAGAGCACGCACCAUAACUCAAAACGACAGACGGAGGGGUCACACUGCGACUGA